UUCUAAUCAAAGAUUUGCUGGACAGAUUGGCGAGUCUCUUGAUUGUAUAUUUGCUGUUGAUGAGACAAUCCAUGAUGGGAUUUGUUAUUGCUUUUGGAUUUGGAUGUCGAUGUGACGUUAGAUGUGAUGUUCAUUAAAACAAAAGAUACGAAAAUCAAAAUAAACCUCCAAUUAGCAUAGACAGUCGCAAGUGGAACCCGAUGUAUCCAUAAUUUCGUAUAAAAACUAGAUACUUUUGUGCCACCAACAACAGAUCAACCGCAAGUCCAAACCCCAAAACAUGCAAUUCUUUGUGAUCGCAUUGGCCCUCGUUGGCUUCGUGGCUGCCGAUGUCAGUCAUCUGCUGCUUGAUCAAAAUGCUGGCUACAGCUACAGCGCCUCAUCUUCCUCCUCCUCGGCUUUACCUGGCGGCGACUCCAGCAGCUAUCAGCCUGAGGACUUGAUUCCCCAGCACCUGAAAGCAUCGCACGUCGAGACUGCUUCAGCUGAGAUUGUGCCUGGCGGAGAUUCUAGCAGCUAUCAGCCAGCUCAUCUGAUUCCUCAGCAAUUGCAGUCGGAAGUUGCCUCAGCUGAAGUUAUUCCCGGUGGAGAUUCCAGCAGCUAUCAGCCAGCUCAUCUGAUUCCUCAGCAACUUCAGACUGAAACUGAAAUCAUUCCCGGUGGAGAUUCCAGCAGCUAUCAACCUGCUCAUUUGAUUCCUCAGCAACUGCAGUCGGAAGUCGCUUCAGCUGAAGUUAUUCCCGGUGGAGAUUCCAGCAGUUAUCAACCUGCUCAUUUGAUUCCUCAGCAACUUCAGACUGAAACUGAAAUCAUUCCCGGUGGAGAUUCCAGCAGUUAUCAACCUGCUCAAGUGAUCGAGCAGCAGUCAUUUAAUCUGGGCGCUGAUACACAGACUCCCGAGCAGUUCAUUCCCGAGGCUGAUCGCGUUGCACAUGCUCAGUAUGUGCAGGAACAGGAGCAACAGCAACAAGCACAGGUUGUUGUGCCUGGUGGCGAUUCCAGCAGCUAUCAACCAGCUCAUCUGAUUCCUCAGCAACUUCAGACUGAAACUGAGGUCAUUCCUGGUGGAGAUUCUAGCAGCUAUCAGCCCGCUGAUCUGAUUCCCCAGCACUUGAAGGCUUCCCAUGGCACCUACAACAUUGGAGCUGACACUCAGACUCCCGAGCAGUUCAUUCCUGAAGCGGAUCGCGUUGCUCACUACGCCUACACGCAAUCGCAGACGCUGACGCAAUCGCAGCCGGCUGUGCCAUCGCAGGAACUUCAGGCAGCUCAGGUGGAGACUGCUUCGUAUAAUUUGGGCGCUGAUACCCAAACUCCCGAGCAAUUCAUACCCGAAGCCGAUCGCAUUGCGCACGCCAAGUAUGUGGAGCAGGAGCAAUCUCAGUCGCCGGUUGUCUACCAGGAACCCGUGUCCAAUGGCAUCGAAGAGUUCAAUGCCGAGACGCAUGUGCCCGUUGUCAUUGGUGCCGACACAAUUACACCCGCCCACCUGCUGCCCAAGUACUCAGCUGGCGCCUCUUCCUCAUCCUCCUCUUCGAGUGCAUCAUCUGCUGAUACGCAGUACGGAUCGAAUGGCGGCUAUAUUUAUUAAUUCAAUUGCAUUUGCAUUAAGCUUAAUUAAAAUAUAUGUUCAAUGACCUUUUAGAUUCAA